AUGAGGGACACCGACCGAGAGCCACAGUCAUUCCCCCAGUUCCCCCAGCUCCCGCCCGAGCUGCGGGCGCGGGUCUGGCGCCUCGCCCUCCGCCACCCGCGCAUCCACCGCAUCGGCCACCCGCGCCGCCUCGUCGCCGGGCCCACGCCCUCGCUGCGCGGAUCCACGCAGCCGGCGCGCGCCGUGCUGGCCGCGUGCAGCGAGGCACAUGUUGAGGGGCUCAAGGUCCUGCCGGACGCCAUCCCGCUGCUGGCGAUCGGGUCAGGAGGCAAGGGCCGCAAGGCGAGGCAGCGGCGCGGCCUGCUGCGCUACCGUGCGUCCCGGGACGUGAUCUGCAUUUCCGGCCUGGAUGGCGAGGCGCUGGCGAACAUGGGAAAGCAGGCGCGGGAGGCGGACAGGGGCGGGGGUAUGUUGCAAGCGGAAGGGUUCGUCGCGCAGAGCGAGAAGAUGGCGCCCGAGGAGUGGCUGUCCUGUCCGAUGUCUGUGGUGGACGAGCGCGUGAUAGAUGUGCUGGGGAGGAAAGACGGGCCGCACUGGACGGGGUGUGUGCAGAACCUGGCGGUGGAGAUGGACGGCUCGGAGGAGGUGAUGACCAACUUUCUUAUCGAGGGGAGCCUGAAAGCGGUUUGGUACGAGGGCGAGGAGGACGAGUACGAGGAGAACGAAGGCUAUUUCAUGCUUCCUCGGUUUUUUGCUUCGUUUUCUGCGCUCAGGCAUGCAUUUCUUGCAUGCGUUGAUACUUUUACCGCUACAGGGGAAGAGGAGAGGGACAAUGACGAGGACGAUGAGGACGACGACGACGACGACGACGACGACGACAGCGAGGAGGAGGACGCUUCAUCGGAGACUGGCUCGGAAAGCAGCAAUGACAGCGGCCCUGGUGAUGUUUGGGCCAGGGUCGGUGGCAUCUACUUUGGGGAUGAGACUGCCGGGGACUGGUUCUGCUGGGCGAAGGACCUCGAGUGGCUGUCGAGGCUGCCGGCCUGGGAGCAGGUCUCGGAUGAUUACGAGGUGCAUAUAAAUGAAACGAGCGAGCUGUGCACGGACAUCGAGGUUGUGUUUGCCGGAGGGCCUAUGGCGUGCAACAUCUCGGUCGAUCUCCAGGAGGGAGACCCGGAGCGGUUGACGGGGACGGAGAUUCACGUUCUUGUACAGCUCAAGAGCAACGAGGAGCGCGACUCGUAG